UCUUUCGUUGGAAGUAGCAGGAGAUAUUUCAAGCUUUAAGCAACAGAAACAGCAUUGCACUUGCAAACCGAAAAGCUGCUACUUAAAAUCAAGCUUCUUUAACAAGUAAGGCAGGCUAGUAGCGUUAAAAAAUCAACAUGGGAAAAAUAGUGUACUUUUUUGCGCUGGUUGCUUUAGCACAAGUGGUUUAUUCUUUGGAUUGCUGGAGCUGCCAAGGAAAAGAUUGUGACGAAAAGACAGCAUGGAAACAAGUGCCUGGUUGCGGAAAAGCCGUCAGCGCGAAAAAUCAAGCCGGUGCUUGUUUAAAACAAGUUUACACUGACACAAUAUCCAAGAAGGACAUGACCAGAAGGAAAUGUAUUAUUGCAGACAAAAGUGACGAUGGAAAGCUCAGUUUUACUUGUAGCGAUAAUGAUGGAAAGACCAGCGUUUGCGACGUUUGUAAUGCAGAUUAUUGUAACUCUGCAUCAGCAGUUAACUUUAACUUUGUAACCCUUUUGGGGGUUGUUGCAGUUUACCUCAUUCCUAAAUUUCUUUAAGAAAUCAAUUGGAAAUACUUUACUGCAAUAUACCAAUUCUAACUGUAGGAACUAAUUUUAAAUGUAUAUAUUCUACUAUUUGGAUGUUGAAAUGUUUAGACCUUAAAAAGCAGCAAAGUAAAUUAGUAACUGCAACCAAAUAAAUAGAACGUGUUUAUGGGAAUAAAAGUAACAAAAAGUAUUUGUGGUUGGUCUAGCAAACGUAAACUCAUGCUAUUAAUGUAAUGUUUGAAGUAGUGUUAGUUGAUGUAAUUAUUUAUUUCGUAAAAUUUCUCACGUUUACAGGUAUUCUCCCGAUAGUAAAUUUACUAUGAGUAGUUUAAAUUGAAUGUACAUUGUUGUUUUGAUAUUAGAAUCGAAAAAUAAAUAAAAUGUUCACAAAA